AUGCCUUCAAAUUUGAACGUACUCGGUGUGCGGGAUGCUGAGCCUCGAGACAAAGCCGCAAAGGACAGAAGAAAUCAACAGCAACAAUCAUCUGUCAAGAAACGGAAGUACAAAGCCGCGGAGCUCACUGUUGAGGAGAAAGAGUCCAAACGUCGACGGAGAGAGGAACGAAAGGAGCGCAAAGCGGCCGAGGCAAGAAACUUGAUCAUGGUGGCUAUCGAUUUCGGGACCACCUAUUCCGGGAUAGCCUGGUGCAGUACCAGGAAGACCUGGAAUGAUAUUGUGGUGAUCAAUCGCUGGAAUGGUGGUCCUUGCGACAACACGGAAAAGGUGCCAACCCGGAUCGCAUACUCUUCAGAGAAUGACUUUCACGAGGACAAAUGGGGCUACGCACCUAAAGCAGGAUCCAAGAUCUGUCAAUGGUUCAAGCUUCUUCUGGACGCGAAAUUCAAAAGAACGGACUUUGAUGAUGCUCGUCUCAGCAUGGCUCUGGGUAGCCGGAUCAUGCGUAUACCGGAAAACAAGAGCGCGCAGAGAGUGUCGAGUGACUUCUUGAGAUAUCUGUAUCGACAUCUGUUGCAGGCCAUCGAGCUGGAGCUGGGCCCGACUUUGGUCGAACAAACCAUCUUCCGCUUUGUGAUCACCCAUCCGGCAACAUGGUCAAACGCCGCUCGUCAAGCCACCCGCCAAGCUUCUGAAGGCGCUGGCUUUGGUUCCAGAAUGGGAGAUGACAUUGUGAUGAUUGCAGAACCAGAGGCAGCUGCAAUAUGCGCCAUCACCGAGACCAACUCCAAAUUCCACACAGAACCCUUCCAGGUGAGUGAGCAAAACACCUGUACCAUGAUUGUGGAUAUUGGAGGCGGCACAAUCGACGGCUGCACGUACCGUAUUGUGAGAACACAGCCACUUCGACUGGAAGAAGCUGCUGUUGGUGAAGGUGCCAAGGCCGGGGGAACCAGUGUUGACAGGUCGUUACAUGAAUUCAUGCACCAUUGCUUCGGCAUAGCAUUCGAGAGCUUGCCUGUGGAGAAGGUAGGCGCAGGAAGCAAGUUCAUGGAGGCAUUCGAAAUCCUCAAACGCCAGUUCACAGGUGACUUCGACGAAGAUACACGUUAUGAGCUUCCACUCAAGAUGUGCAAGUUGGACAAGACCGAUGGUAGGGUGACAAAUCAUUAUGACUUCGACGAAGAUACUGUCAUGUUGACCGGCGAGGAGAUGGAGGAGUUCUUUGAAACGAUGCUGGAGAGCACGUUCGACCUUAUCCGCAACCAGCUGCAAAAGACCAAAAAUUCGAACGAGCCUGCUGUCCAGAAACUAAUCCUCUGUGGAGGAAUGGGUUCAAGCCCGUAUGUUCAGAGAAAAGUACGCGAAUUCAUCAAUGAGGAGCUGGAAGAGGACAUAGAGCUGGUGGUUCCCACACGCCCGUGGUCCGCUAUAUGCAGAGGCGCCGUCAUCAGUGCGUUAGAAAAGCAUAUCGUGGCUUUCCGAAGUUGUCGAGAGCAUCUCGGAUUCUCGGUUCAUCAAAAAUGGGAUGCAAGCAAACAUUUCGAGAGUGACCGGUAUCAAUGUCCCAUCCUGGGAUCCCGAGCAAAAAAUCAAAUGCGAUGGCAUGUCCAAAAAAACGACAAAAUCUCGCCCAACUUUAAGUGUGGCAUCGACUGCUAUGUUGUCGUGCACGGUACCAACUUGGCCAAAUCUGAAUAUGUGGUAUACCAAGACUUGUAUGGCAGUCAGGAAGACAGCGCACCGAGUCGCAUAGACAAUCCUCUUCCAGAGUCAGGACCUAUAUACAAGGUGGGCAAUAUCAAAAUUGACUUGACCAAGUAUGUGAAGGAGGAACGAAACCGGCUCAUUGAUGAAGGCGAAAAGGUUCCUCGUCGUAUGGAUAUCGAUCUCACUCUGGAGAUGACUCUCGGAUCUGACAAAGGCGUCCUUACCGUCACCGCGAAGAAAGGCCGGAAAAAGUUUGGAAAAGCACAGAUCGAAUUCGACCCGGACCCAGCAUUUGACGGCACGUUGGUAUCGAGCGCGGCAUAG